AUGAGGACUCACCUGCUUUGGUUGUUGCCCCUGAUUCUGCUGGGAUCCUCUGCCCAGGCGCUGCAGUGUCAUGAAUGCAGUGGUAUAGGGAACUGCUACAGGGCUACGACUUGCUCCAGCAACAGCCUCUACUGCUUGACCAACUGGUAUACACCGCCAGGCCAGCAAACAACCGUGACAAAAACAUGUGCAUUUACCUGCCCUGAUAUUAAUCAUGUCACAGCCAACUCCAAGUCCUUCUGCUGCAACACGGACCUCUGCAACAGUGCCAGGAGCCUCCACGUCAGCUGGGUACUGCUGGCCAUUGGCCUCUGGUAUAUCUAUCUCAAUCAGUAG